ACACGUACAGUCGAGUGUGCGACUGCGAUAUCUUCCCCCCCUCUCCCUCUCUAUCUUCUGUCAGUCUUCUGCAACAAGAAAUACGUGAAUCUUUUGAAACUGAUAGCCUUCGGUACGAAGAGGGAAGAAGGUGAGAUUUGAGAAAUAUUAUCGAUCUCACUUCGAUUUCGAUAUUCUUGGUCCGCCAUGAAUGGAUGGGUCUUAGUUUUUGAUUUUCAAUUCCGUUACGAGUGUUUUAAUGGCAGUUUUUCAGGUGUGGUUCAUCGUGAUCGUUGAGUAUAUCUCAUGUUUUGUUAUUUUUGUUUCUUUUCUCUCUGUUCAGAGAUAUAAGAAGAAUUUCACAGGGCUGAAUGGCUUGUAUCUGCAAGCUUUUCGCGUCGAUGGUUCCCUCGCUGUUUCGUUUCUCUGAGCAUGGGAGUGUGUGUUGAACACUUAAACCAUCUGAAUCUAAGACCACGAGGUUUUCUUCAAGAACUCUGUGAUUUGAGGGAGGAGAAGAUAGUUUCGUGUGUUCUUACCUUUCAGAACCUGCCGCCCAUGCCGUCAGUCGGUAUGAGACGGUCAACUAGGGUUUUUGUGCCGAAAUCAGUUGUGAAAGAUGCGGAUGGCGUGAGGGUUUUGAGAUCUGGGAAACGGUUGGGGUCGGAAUCUGCUGGCGGGAAGGGCAAAGGUUCGGAUAGUGAGCCAUGGUUUCGGCUGCUUGAUCAUUCUGGUGAUGCGGAUGGUGUUCUCUGUUGCAAGAACGAUGGUUGCCAUAAUGCUUUAUCGGGGGAAGGAGUAGAUGUGAAACAUUUGGAUGGUGAAAUGGCGCCAGGUUCUAUGAACAACGGACCUGGGGUUUCCAUGACAAAUGCGAGUGUAGAUAGAAUGCACGGCAAUGUUUACCAUCGAAAGCGUCAGAGGUUGGGUGGAAACAAGUUCUCUUCUUCUUCAUUAACUUCAGGGGGCGGAGACAGGGUUUAUGAGGAUCGUAUGUAUGGAAUUCCCUUUGUUCGUAAACAGCGGAGAAAGAAACGAACUGGGUCUUUUUCGACAGUUAUACCAAGGGAAAUGCGAGUUGUCGAGGAUAACAAAGGACGCCAGGUUCGUGGAUUCCUACAGCAAGAUUUACUGCUCAACUGCUUCUCCAGUGAAGAUAUGGUUUUGGUGGUUACUAAACCUACAGUUGGUAAUACUAGCCGGUUUGCUUGCCUUUUGAAUUCCAUUCUGAGCUACAUGACGCGGAACAGGGUGCGUUUGUCAGAACUUUCUGCAUUUUUGUGCUCUAAGCCGAUCGCCAUUGCUUUCUCCCGUAACAGCAUUCGCUUGUUGCAGGAUAAUCUAUCCGGCGAUACAGAGGAAAAUGAUAUCUUGGCAUCUGGAAUUUGCAAGAUUUUCGAGGCCCCUUGUUUUACACCUCUGUUUUCAAUGGAUUUUCUUUCAGUUCCCAGUGCUUUUAUUUAUCUGCACUCCAGAGUGCUUCUCUGGCACAGCUGUCUACCUAAUGUUCUGCUGCAGUAUCUGAUGGGUUUAUACACAGAAGCACGGAGAUUCUCUGACAGCCAAAGUUGCCUGUCGUGUAUUUCUAGUGAGGUUGGUCUUUCUGGAAGCGAGAUUAUGACUUCUGAGAGUACUUAUACCGGAAAGAAAGAAGUGGGUUUUGUUGCUGGAGCUCCCAAAUCCUCUGGCCGUGGUGCAUCUAGAAGGUAUGGAUCGAAUCCCCGCAGUAUUCAGAAGAGGAGUCGCAUGGGGUCUGUAAGAGGUAGAAGUCUUUCAAUUUCAGAGUCGCAAAGCUCCGGCAGUGUUGUAGGUACUGAUUUGCUUAGCAGUGUGGCUGGGUGCCCGUCCUUCUCUUUGCUUGUACCUAAUCGCAGGCGGCGGAGUUGUACCAGUAAUGGUUUGGGAGAAUAUAUGAAGGAGUUAAAGUCGACCUUGGUUGAAUUGAGGCAAAACAUGGAUUCACUAUCUUGCAGUGCAAACAUAUUGAUUAUUGAGCCAGACAAAUGUUAUAGGGAAGAGGGGGCUGAUGUUUCAUUGGAAUUCUCAACUUCAAAUGAGUGGUUAAUUGUUGUUAGGAGACAUGGUUCCUUGAGAUACUGCUAUAAAGCACAAAAUAUGAUGAGGCCCAGUACAACAAAUCGUUUCACCCAUGCCAUGGUUUGGGGAGGGGGAAAUGGUUGGAAGUUAGAGUUUUUGGACAGACGAGAGUGGUUGAUCUUUAAGGAGCUUCACAAGGAAUGCUAUGGUCGUAACAUGCAGACUGCCUCUCUUAAAGUAAUCCCUGUGCCUGGAGUACAUGAAGUACCAGAAAAUGGUGACAACAUUCGUAUUCCCUUUGUGCAACCUGAGAGGUACAUCACAAUGAAAGAGGAUGAAGUGGCAAGGGCAUUAAUGAAGAGGGAAGCAAAUUAUGAUAUCCAAUCUGAUGAUGAGGAAUUCUUAAGCAUUCUUAAUAAUGAGUUUAAUGGUGGAGAGAAUGAUGGAUCUGAAAAUAUCUCAGCAAAUAAGUUUGAGAAAAUUAUAGAUUUGUUUGAGAAAACUGCAUAUUGCAGUCCUGAUGAUGUUGCUGAUGAGAGUAAAGCUGCCAAUCUCUGUUUAAAUAUGGGAAGGAGGGAAAUAUUGGUACCUAUUUACAAUUACUGGAUCAAAAAGCGGAAGCAAAAACGCUCAGCACUUGUUAGGGUUUUCCAGAGUCAUCCCCCGAGGAGAGCUGAACUGAUCCAAAAACCAUUUCUGCGAAAGAAACGGUCAUUCAAGCGGAAGGGUUACCAAUAUGGGAGAGGGAGAGGAAAACAGCCAAGUUUUUUGAAAGCCAUGGCAGAUGAACAAGAUGUCUUGGCAGCCAAGCAUCGAUUUGAAGAAGCCAACAACUCUGCAAGAAGAUUGUUGGAGGCGGCUACACUAAAGCGUCAAAGAGCACAGGUUCUCAUGGAGAAUGCCGACUUGGCAACUUAUAAGGCCACCAUUGCACUGAGGCUUACCGAAGCAAUUGAGAGAUCAGAGCUGUGUGAUGUUGGCGUUGCCAUGGACUCUUUUGUUGGUUAAGUACAGAGCACUCAAGGUAAAUGCUGGUUUCUCUCGAUGCGAAUCUGGUAUGGUUCAGUGCGGAUAUGUGAUGGCAUGGUCAGGCCGUAUUUUUUUGAGAGGGGGUCAUCUUUUGGCACGGGCAUUUUUGAAGCUUUUAGUUAAAUUCGAAAGAGAUGUAAAUUUGUAUAGUAUGUGUAGAUUUGUAUUAAAUUUACCAAUCUCCAUUGUAAGAAAACUGUAACUCUGCUGGUUGCACAAGGAGAAUACAGGUUGAAAUUGAUGCCCACCUCACAUGAAAGUGUAUGAAAUGGAGGAGCUCUGUGGUCAGCCAUUCAAAUUCAGUGUUCGUGCAGAAGAAGCUUAUAAAUCUAGAAUUGGCUCGAAUACAAUGAAGGUCGAUCUGAGGUGGUCGUUUCAUAUAUCUAUUCAGUGAAGACUCAGGUGCUGUAUCUGACCAGAAAUUCUCAUCGCUCGAAGCUGGAGUAAGAAAACCAAAGGUGGUUUAUACUUGCGAAGGGUUUCUUGAUUGAUUGUAACCGUUUUUUUGGCUUCAUGGCCCCCUUGGUGUGUAUAGAUAACCUAUUUUCCUACUUUUCUGUUUUCCAUACUUAAAUUUUGCCUCAUAUUCCCUGGAAGAGUAUUUUCUGCGGUCCAAAUAUCUUUGGGCUGUAAUUAUGUACAUUCUUGAUUCUUUAUUAUCUGCCCAACUUGACAUUCUCUC